GUAGGACCUACUGAGUAGGUGACGGUAAUGCAACUGGAAGUUGGUUUGCCACCCGCCAUUAGACACAAAGAAGAAGACGAAAAAGAAGCAUGGUGUAGGUGGCGGUGUGCACCCAAAAUACGUUGGUUCGCGGCCCGCCAUACUAAGAGGGGAAGAAGCAGCAGCAGCAGCAGCAUAUUGUGGUGAGUGGACUUCUUGGAGGAGGUGUACUUAAUGGCGGUUACGGAGACUGCGAAUUUGUUGAAUUGUUAAGGCUUCCCCAUCAGUCUUCUUCCCCCUGGGGGCUUUCCUGCCUCAGUCUGGUGGACCCGGCGAUUAGCGGGUUGCUUCGGGAGGUGAAGCUCUGACGAUGGAGAAUGGACAGAGCACAGGCUCCAAGCUUGGCCUGCCGCCUCUCACCCCAGAGCAGCAGGAGGCACUUCAGAGGGCAAAGAAGUAUGCCAUGGAACAAAGCAUUAAGAGUGUGUUGGUGAAGCAGACCAUUGCACAUCAGCAACAGCAGCUCACCAACCUGCAGAUGGCAGCAGUGACAAUGGGCUUUGGAGAUCCUCUCUCACCUUUACAAUCGGUGGCAGCUCAGCGGCAACGCGCUCUAGCCAUCAUGUGUCGGGUGUAUGUGGGUUCCAUAUACUAUGAACUUGGUGAGGACACCAUCAGACAGGCCUUUGCCCCCUUUGGCCCAAUCAAGAGCAUCGACAUGUCUUGGGAUUCUGUUACUAUGAAGCACAAGGGGUUUGCCUUUGUGGAGUAUGAUGUGCCAGAGGCUGCUCAGCUGGCUCUGGAACAGAUGAACUCAGUCAUGUUGGGGGGCCGAAACAUUAAGGUUGGGCGGCCAAGUAACAUCGGUCAGGCGCAACCCAUCAUUGACCAACUGGCAGAGGAGGCGCGCGCCUUUAAUCGGAUCUACGUGGCAUCCGUCCACCCUGACCUAUCAGAUGAUGAUAUCAAGAGUGUGUUUGAGGCCUUCGGAAGGAUCAAGUCUUGCACGUUAGCCAGAGACCCCACCACAGGGCGACACAGAGGCUUUGGCUUCAUUGAGUAUGAAAAGCCUCAGUCAGCUCUUGACGCUGUGUCUUCAAUGAACCUGUUUGACCUGGAGGCAAGUAUGAAUCCCUUCCAAAGGGAUUUAAUGGCCUUCCAGGAGGCUGUAGCCGGUGCAUCAGUGUUGGGAGCAUUAGCUGCACCCCAACUUCUUGGUCAGCAAAUGGGGAUACCUCAGGCUGUCAUGGCUGCCCAGGCACCAGGGGUCAUCACAGGUGUGACUCCGGUGCGUCCUCCCAUACCAGUGCUUCCCCAGGUUGGUCUUGUGAACCCUGUGCUUGCAUCACCACCAGUCCUGUCUAAUCAAGCUGGUGGGUCCAACCAGCAAGAGAAGAAAGAAGACAAAGAGGAGAUGCUGCAGGAUGGUACAGGGCAGGAGAUGUUGAGUGACCAAGAGCACAUGAGCAUCUCAGGCAGCAGUGCCAGACAUAUGGUGAUGCAGAAACUGCUUAGAAAAUCAGAGUCCACAGUGAUGGUGCUUCGAAAUAUGGUUGGGCCAGAGGACAUUGAUGAUGAUCUGGAAGGUGAGGUGACGGAAGAGUGUGGCAAGUUUGGCUCCGUCAACAGAGUCAUCAUUUACCAAGAAAAGCAAGGAGAAGAGGAGGAUGCAGAUAUCAUUGUCAAAAUCUUUGUGGAGUUUUCCAUGGCCUCAGAGAUGAACAAGGCAAUCCAAGCCCUUAAUGACCGCUGGUUCGGAGGUCGUAAAGUUGUUGCAGAGGUGUAUGACCAAGACCGUUUCAACAGCAGUGACCUGUCUGCGUAAAGUAUCUGAAAUGGUUUACCAGCGCCCAUCACCAUACCUGUUGCCCAAACUCAUUUCAGCUCCAGUCACUGCAGUUAGAGAUACAGGCCUCUGAAACUUGUAAUUAUGUUUAACUUUUCUUUUUUAAAUUGCUGUUAAUAUUAAAUGCCUCAAUGGGGGAUUCAUUAUAAACAUUUACAUGUAAGA